UCAAGUCGAUCGGUCAUAAAAAUGAAGACUAUAAGUUUCAUCUUAAUUGGUUUUGUUAUUUUUCAAAACAUCUUGGAUUUUAAUGUUUUGUGUUUAAGUUCAGAGUUCGUUGAAUGUCGGAGGCCAGGGUCAUACGAUGUGGAAGGGAAAUUAACAUUAAAGUGUUCCAAUGACUCGCACCAAAUCGAUUUACUAAAUCAAAAUUCAUAUUUAUCAUGUUCAAAUUCUAAGCAAUUCAAUGGAUAUAAUUACAAUGUAGAAAAAAGAAGAAUCAAACAAGUGAAUAUUGAAAAUUGCAGCAUGAGUAAACUAACAAUAAAAUACGAUAUUUUUCAACAAUAUACACAACUGGAAGUGUUGAAUAUUUCCUACGUGGGAUUGGAGUCGCUUGAAAAAGAAACUUUCGAGAAAGCUGGAUCAAUGAUUAAAUUGGAUGCAAGUCACAACAACAUUCAAGAUGUGCCGGAACUAUUGUUUCUUAAUGCGGGAAAUCUAAAUGAAAUUGAUUUUUCGUAUAAUAAAAUGGAACGAAUUGAUUCCCACGUGUUGGCUGGUGCCAAACAACUUAAAACAUUGGAUGUUUCGCACAAUGAAAUCGGGAGCAUAAGUGGACUUGUGUUUGGAAAUGCUUUGUGGCUUGAUCACAUAAAUUUAUCGCAUAAUAAAAUUAGUGUGGUGGAACCUAACACAUUUGCCGUUUUAAAACAACUCAAAAGACUGGAUAUUUCACAUAACGAAAUCAAGAACAUAAGUGGGCUUCUGUUUGGAAAUGCGCUGUGGCUCGAGUACAUCGAUUUAUCAUAUAAUGAAAUUGUUUUGAUCGAAUCGAAAACAUUUGCUGUUCUAAAACAGCUUAGAACAUUGGAUUUAUCAAUCAACAACAUCAAAAAACUGACCAAAAGCUUGUUCGAUGGCUUAGAUAAUCUUCAGAUUCUAAGUCUUAAUCAUUUAAGCAACGACACAAUUGAAAUUGAACCAUCCGUUUUUAUAGGCCUGGACCGUCUAGAACAACUAUACUUGGGGCAUAAUCAUAUCGAAUCGUUGAGAAUGGGAGUGUUCGAAGGUCUUCAUAAUUUGCAACAUUUGGACCUUGAUAAAACCAUUAUCGACAAAUUGACCAAGUUUGCUUUUUCCGGUAUUGGUCUAAUAACUGAAUUGGAUUUAUCACGCUAUCGAAUAUUUGAUUCGGCUAAUCAAGAGUAUAAAUCUGCGAAUAACAGCCGCCGAAUCACCAUGUUAGACAAGGAAGCAUUUGAUAAUUUGACAAACUUGAACAGAUUAAAUUUAGCGAAUAAUUUAAUCGGGACCUUGAAUAUCGGAACGUUUUCAAAGUUGGAGAAUCUACAAUAUUUGAAUUUAUCAAAUACAAACCUGGCGGAAAUAAGACUAGGAACAUUUUCACAUACAAAACAGUUAGAAACAUUGGACUUGUCAUGGAAUCAGUUGAAAAACAUUGAUUUUGGUUUAUUCUUACCACGAUAUCCACUACUAUUAUCACUUUAUCUGAAUGAAAAUCGUUUGACGGACUUGGAAGGAUUUUCAUAUUCACUGUUUCCAUCACUAAAGGUUCUAGGCAUAACGGGAAACAAUUUUAAUUGUUCAUAUUUGAAGGUGUUUCUAAAGGAGGAAACAUGGUCGGGGCUGACAUUUGUUAAUGACUAUUGGUCACCGUCAAACCCUCACGAGAUGAAUAUACACGGAGUUAAAUGUGACGAAGUCGAUGGAAAUCGGGCAAAAUCAACAGUUGUUAUGUUCGAUGGACAAAAUGAUCUGCAUAUUAUGAAAAGUUUGUUAUUGUUCGUGUGUUUUAUGCUUUCCAUGUUGUUUAUCGUCGUUUUAAUUAUAAAUCGAAAUAAAAUUUUGAACAUUCGACGUUACCGAGGAUUUUCCACAAAAAGUGAAAGCCAGUCAAGAGCCUGCAUAAACAACGAUUUCGAAGUAUCAACAUUCAACCACGAAAGUAACAAUGCUUGAUAGUAUUUUUAUCAUGAAAAAUGAAUCAUUUUUUGAAUAAAUUGUACAAUGAUUUUAUAGAGUGGAAA